GAAGAAGAAGAAGAAGGAACAAAACCGAAAGUAUUUUGCUUUUAUUUUUUUUCGUUUUUAAUUUCACCAAAUUCUUCUGAGGGCUUCUUCUUCUUCUUCUUCAUCUUCAUCUUGUUCGUUUUCGUCUAGAGCUAAAACCCUAAUUCUCAUCUCUCGAAAAGCUUAUCCCUUUUUUCUCUCUCUCUCUAAAUUUAUACACACGCGGAUCAAAUUCAAAGUGUGGAGCUUUGUUAACAGCCGCCGAAUCGGUUUGUGAUUUUCUCGCUCCGGCGAGAUUCGGAUCUGGAUUUUGUGAGCUGAUUUGUGGGAAUUUCUCGUUUUCUUUUUCGCGGUGAUAUCAACUGUGGUGGGAAAAAAAGGAAAAUUUCUGGGUUUUUUGAAAAAACUCGAGAUUCGAAAAUCUGUGAGAUGAGCGAAGGCGGCGGAGGAGGCGAAUUCCCGCCAAAAAAGGACGGUGUUGAAGAGGGUUUUCCGGCAAAGAAUCCAGCGAGGCAGCUCGACUUCACUGGUGGCUCCGAUGAACAUUCACUGUCUAAAGCAGCGACUGCUCCUACCGUCGUAGCUACGGCGGCGGUGAAACCCAUCGUUCCUACUUCCUCUGUCCCUUCGACGAUACGCCCGGGUAUGACCAUAGCAAUCGGUCAGGUACGACCAGUGGCGACGACACCAAUUCUGCCGUCACAAGCACUAAUCCUUAACGCGCCAAUCAGGCAUCCAGUGCCGGACUCUCCACAAGCUAGAGCAAGGCCUAUCGUGGAAGCUAGAGAUGGAACCCCUCAAAAGAAGAAGCAGUGUAACUGUAAACAUUCUCGCUGCUUGAAACUGUACUGUGAAUGCUUUGCAUCCGGAACAUAUUGUGACGGUUGUAACUGUGUAAAUUGUUUCAACAACGUUGAUAAUGAACCAGCAAGACGAGAAGCUGUGGAAGCAACUCUAGACCGGAAUCCAUUUGCAUUCAGACCUAAAAUUGCUAGUAGUCCCCAUGGUGUGCGGGAUAAAAGGGAAGACAUUGGCGAAGUUGUGUUGUUAGGGAAACAUAACAAAGGAUGCCACUGCAAGAAAUCGGGAUGCCUUAAGAAGUAUUGUGAGUGCUUUCAAGCAAAUAUUCUUUGUUCCGAGAACUGUAAAUGUUUGGAUUGCAAAAACUUUGAAGGAAGUGAAGAGAGACAAGCUCUCUUUCACGGUGAACAUGCCAACCACAUGGCUUAUCUCCAACAAGCAGCAAAUGCUGCCAUUACUGGAGCUGUAGGUUCCUCUGGCUUUGCUCCUUCUCCAGUACCUAAGAGAAGAAAAGGUCAAGAUAUUAUGUUCAACCAAGGUACCAAAGAUUCAUCUAGACUUGGCCAGUUUCCACAGGUAAAUAGUGGAAGAACUACUGGCCCAACGUCAGGCACAUCUCCGUCACCUGUUUCUCGUGCUGGUGGCAAUGCAUCAUCAGCUCCAUCAAAGUUUGUAUAUAGGUCCCUCUUAGCAGAUAUAAUCAAACCACAGGAUGUGAAAGCGCUUUGCUCUGUUUUGGUCACUGUAGCGGGGGAAGCAGCAAAGACAUUAACAGCUCAAAGGAAGGAAAAAGAAAAUCGAGUGGAAGACCAAACAGACACUUCUUUAGCCUCUUCUGCACAAGAUCACUCCCAAGACAGUAAAGAUGUGGAGAUGGUUGCAACUGACGAAAGUCAAGCUGAUAAGUCUGGACCAGAGGAUUCCAAUUCUGAUGGUGUCGAUGCCUCUAAAGCGAAGCCGCUAUCUCCAGCAACGUUGGCUUUGAUGUGCGAUGAACAAGACACUAUCUUCAUGGUAGCAGCAGCUUCACCUAAUCGUUCAGUGGACCCUGGUGGCUGUGGAACAAACUCACAGAGCCAGUCAGAGAUAUACGCAGAGCAAGAGAGAGUGGUGUUAACCAGAUUCAGAGAUUGCCUUAGCCGAGUAAUCUCUUACGCAGAAUUAAAAGAAUCAAAGUGUUCAUCUUUAGCAAGAAAACAUCAACAACCACCCGCCACCGCGACUGUGAAAACCGAGAAUGGGAUUCAGCAGCAAGUACCAAUUGUGAAUGGAGCUUCACGAACCACCUCUCAACCUACAGUCGAUAUACCGCAACCUUUGCAGCUGAUGAAUACAACACCAGCAGCAGCAGCAGCAAACACUCACCAUCUUCAUAAUCCUCCAGCUUUAUCAGAGAAGAAAGACCCAUGAAUCAAUCAAAUAGAUUAUACUCUACUUAGGACAGAAAAUAACUUACCAGUGAGAAGGCAAACAACAAGCUGAAAUCUGUCUCACAGCCGCCCUGUUUUAUCAGGUAAUACGACCAUAAUUUUUCUUUACACUGGCGGUUGUGUGGCUUCAGCACAUUGGCAAGGUGACUAGAGAGACUAAUAGACACAAGCUUUUAUUGUGUCGUUAAGCUUUCUUCUCGCUUUUCUCUUUCUUUUCUUAUAAAGUCUCCUCUUUAAAGCCCCUGUGGCUGCUGUAGAUUAUGGAGAGCUUUGUUUCUUUACUACACGAGUAUUUUUGUAGCGCUUUGUGUUCAGUAGUACCUUCUCUGUUGAUGGUUUAGCUGUGGAACAUCCUUGUUUAUUGUGUCUGAUUAUGAUCUGAGAUGUUUCUCAAUCAGCUUCUGUAGGAAUUGAAAGUUAUAUAUGAUAAUAAAACCCUAAUUUGAUAAGAAAGAAAA